AUGCUCCCUGUUCAAUUUCCUUCUGAAGUUACAGACACUUUUCUUGAAAAGUUACAUAACCAUUACAUGAACGAUGGGCGACUUAGUUUUGAUUGCAUUAAAACACUGUGUGCAAAGGUGACUUUUAUAUUACAAAAAGAACCCAAUGUUGUCCAUAUUGAAGACAACUGUUUAAUAUUUGGUGAUUUUCAUGGCAACUUUUUUGAUUUGUAUAACGAGUAUGGCGAUGUGUUUUGGAAAGAAUAUGACUACUCAACAUUAUUUUUGGGAGAUUACGUCGACAGAGGACUUAUGUCGUGCGAAGUCAUAACCACCUUAUUUUUCAUGAAACUGUUUAACCCUACUCGUGUUUUUUUGUUGCGUGGGAAUCAUGAAAGUCGACGAAUGACGAGUAAAUUUGGGUUCAAAGAGGAGUGUAUAAGGAAAUAUGAUUUGGAGGUGUACAACAUGUUUAUGAAUGUGUUUGACUGUCUACCCAUAGCCGCUAUAGUCUCUCGCACAACAGGUGACUUUUUUUGUUCACAUGGAGGUAUUUCUCCGUCCAUCUCAGACGUUUCUCAACUUGAUGAACUCGACAGAUUCACUGAAAUUCCCGACGAAGGCAUUUUGUGUGAUUUGAUGUGGAGUGACCCGGCUGACGAAGACGAGUUGGACAAUUUUGAUCCCGAGGACGUCAUGUUUCUAUUUAACUCCUCGCGUGGAUGUUCUUACAUGUAUGGGUAUGCGGGGGUGAAAGAAUUUUUGGAGACGAACGACUUAGUUGCGAUGAUUCGAGGGCAUCAAUGUUUCCCGGAAGGUAUCAAAAUCCACACAUUUGGAGUUGAGAAUGCGCCAAUGGCAUUCACUGUGUUUGGUGCGACGAAUUACGACAACUUCAAUCAGGCCGGGUGUAUCAUGUUGACAAACUCUGAUGUUAAAAUAAGGAAGUAUGACGCACCAGACUUGGAAGAUGAGUUCCAUAAAAACUUAGAUGGCGCGUUUUGUGAAAGUAUUGGGUGGCUUGGGGGAGCAUUACAAGAGUUUGCUGAUCUUCUUAUCGAGUUACUUAAACGUGAUGAAGACGAAGAAAAGGAGAGAAGACUACGAGAAGCUGAAGAGGCUAAAAAGGCGAAGUGCAAACUCACACUUCCUAUUCAAAAAGAAAACGCGAUGUUGCCUGCAAAAUUCGAGAAAGAUAAGACCGACAAAAUUGUCCCCAAAUUUGGAGGAAAACCAGUCCCCAAGUUUAGUAAAAACAUUGAACCAAUGUUUUCUCCUAAAAAGAGUAAUUUGAAUAAAUCACUCGACAACUUCGACAAAGGAAGACAACCAUUCACAUUCUCAAAAACUUCGAAUUCUCCAAGAGGAAUCCAAAGUAAAGCAAAUAAUCUGGCCCGUUCAGUGGCUACUACAGAACCUACUCAACACGAAAUGAAAAAGUCACUGAUGAGGGGAGAAGCACUUCCAUCAACGCUUGAAUCCCUUAGAAAACUGUGGGGUGUUAUUUGA